AUCAACCUGCGCGGCGGCCGCUCCUGCAGCCGCGGCCGCCGCCACCGCCGGGAGCUCGAUGGGCUUCUCCUGCGCGCCGCCCGGUGUCUGGCCGAGUCCAGGGAACCGCGGCGCCUCGUUCCGAGGAGCCAUCGCCGCAGCCGGAGGCCGGGUCCCGGGUUGGGGACUGCAGGGGAAGGCAGCGGCGGGAGCCCCACCGGGGGCCUGGGACUGGGAAACUGCCUCCGGCUUCACGAUGCCAGUAUGGACAGAAUAGCUUAUGAUGCUUAUCCCCACCCACCACUUCCGAAACAUUGAGCGGAAACCAGAAUACCUCCAGCCGGAGAAGUGUGUCCCACCUCCCUACCCUGGUCCUGUGGGAACCAUGUGGUUUAUCCGUGACGGCUGUGGCAUCGCCUGUGCCAUCGUUACCUGGUUUCUGGUCCUCUAUGCGGAGUUUGUGGUCCUCUUUGUCAUGCUGAUUCCAUCUCGAGACUACGUGUAUAGCAUCAUCAACGGAAUUGUGUUCAACCUGCUGGCCUUCUUGGCCCUGGCCUCCCACUGCCGGGCCAUGCUGACGGACCCCGGGGCGGUGCCCAAAGGAAAUGCCACUAAAGAAUUCAUCGAGAGUUUACAGUUGAAGCCCGGGCAGGUGGUGUACAAGUGUCCCAAAUGCUGCAGCAUCAAGCCCGACCGAGCCCACCACUGCAGUGUUUGUAAGCGGUGCAUUCGGAAGAUGGACCACCACUGUCCCUGGGUCAACAACUGUGUCGGCGAGAACAACCAGAAGUACUUCGUCCUGUUUACAAUGUACAUAGCUCUCAUUUCCUUGCACGCCCUCAUCAUGGUGGGAUUCCACUUCCUGCAUUGCUUUGAAGAAGAUUGGACAAAUCUCCUGAAAGCCUAUGGACUGAACAGGGAAGAAAUGGCAGAGGCUGGAAUCUCUCUUCAUGAAAAAAUGCAGCCCCUUAAAGUCAGUUCGACAGAGUGCAGCUCCUUCUCUCCACCCACCACGGUGAUUCUCCUUAUCCUGCUGUGCUUUGAGGGCCUGCUCUUCCUCAUUUUCACAUCAGUGAUGUUUGGGACCCAGGUGCACUCCAUCUGCACAGAUGAGACGGGAAUAGAACAAUUGAAAAAGGAAGAGAGAAGAUGGGCUAAAAAAACAAAAUGGAUGAACAUGAAAGCCGUUUUUGGCCACCCAUUCUCUCUAGGCUGGGCCAGCCCCUUUGCCACGCCAGACCAAGGGAAGGCAGACCCGUACCAGUAUGUGGUCUGAAGGACCCCGACCAGCAUGGCCACUCAGACACAAGCCCAUACCACAGCACUACCGUCCCAUCCGUUCUCAUGAAUGUUUAAAUCGAAAAAGCAAAACAACUAGACUUUAAACAUUUUUUAUGUCUCAAGUAGAAUGGCUGAGCAUUUUAGAGAAAAAAAAGUCCCCAUAUUUUAUUUUUUAAAAAUCAUCCUUUUGAUUUUUUUUUUUUGGUGACUGAAGCUGCUGUCUUUUCCUUUUAAAAUCACUUCUCUGGCCUCUGGUUUCUCUCUACUGUCUGUCUGGCAUGACUAAUGUAGAGGGUGCUGUCUCCAGGCUGUGCCCACUUCUACUAACUGAGUGAGAUGGGACGCUUCACGUGGAUGGAAUAGUCAGGACACCUGGUGGGGGAUGCGUGGGAAAGCCAGGAGGGCCCUGACCUCCCACUGCCCAGGAGGCAGUGGCGGGCCCCCCCAUGGGACUUAAAACCUCACUGAAGAUGGAUGCUUCCUCCUUGAGGCCUGAGAAGGGCAGGAUCAAGGUUGGAGGCUUCAGAGGGACCUUGGCACAGCGACCUCAUCCCCCAGGUGGACACGGUUUGCUUCCUAAUUUGCAAAGCAGUUGCCUGCCUUGUACUUUAUGGAGUUGGGGUGUGUAGAAUGAUCUUGCAGGGGAGUGGGGAGAGAGAUGAAAGAGAUCUUAUUUGUAUUCUGAAUCAGCAAUUAUAUCCCUGUGAUUAUUUGGAAGAGUGUGAAGGAAAGAUGUUUUAUCCAGUUCAAAAUGCCUUAUACAAUCAAGAGGGAAAAAAAUUACACGGUUUCAGGCAAGCUACGUUUUCCUUUGUUACAUCUGCUUCCCCUCUUACCACCCCAACCCCCUCUCUUCCCCAGCAAGAUGUCAAUUAAGCAGUGUUAAUUCUGACUGCAGUAGGCACCGGUGCCCAACACAUACAGCCCCACCAUCACCCCCUUCUUCUGGUUUUAAUAGUCCUCACAGAGGAUUCACUUUCUGAUAUUUAACCCCCAUAAAUGUGCACGUACCUGUAUUUUCUCUGUAUUUUAACCUGGGAGACUGUUGUCCUGGCAUGGAGAUGAUCAUGAUGCUGGGAAUUCACCUCACAGUCUCUACCCUAUCAAAGUCAACAUAUGGCCAUCCCAUUGGCUGCAGUCCACAGAUACACCUAAGUCUGUGGCACUGGGACAGAAUAGAUUUUGCAUUUGAGAGGCACUUACUGUGUGAGUCUUGUUUGAAGAAGGUGGUGAUGGUGGGGAGAGGUGAGGGAGAUAGGAAGUGCCCUCCAAGUACAAAAAUAACAAAUAUGAUUAUUGACCAUCUGGGAAUUUGCACACAUUGUUUUUUAAGCAAUUGCCACAAACCGCCUUUUUUAGCUUUUGCUUGGGGUGGGGGUAGGAGAUAAGGUUUAUUCAGUCCUGUCCUGGGUAGGGUAAAAGUUAAUCUAGCCAUUUGAUUUUUCAGAAAAGUAAGUGGAACAUGCUGCCUCUUUUCAAUUCUGUCAGUGCUUCCACAUGGAAACAAAAUGCAAUAAAAUUUUUCCAAAACCUCUUCUGAUUUAGCGCUCCUCUCUUGAGGCGUUACCCUUCCGGGAGGCUGACUAUCCCCAGCAUGUACUACCAGUCUAGAGUUUUCUCUGGUUGGGUUUUUGUUUCUUUGCUGCUUCUCUUGAAUGAGGAUUUUGUUUGUUCGUUUGUUUUAAGGGACCAAAAGGUCUGUCUCUUGAACCAACUUGGCCGACCAGGCCUGUCUCCUUUGCCUUCUGCAGCCUGAAUUGAUUCCUUUGUGUUUUGGGGCUCUCCUAAGAGCUUUUCUGGGUCAGUUAACUUUGACUCGCCUGUACGGUGCUAUUCUUGCAAUACAGGCAAAGCUGAGAUGCUAAGAUUUAAAAAAAAGAAUGCUGUUUUAGAUUGACUUGAUAGCAUUUGUUCUCCAUAUGCUUUUAAUCACGUUUUUCUUAAUAUACUAUUCACUUAGGUGUAUGAAAGAAGUGUGAUUGUAUUAAAUGACUAGAGAGGGGCAGCAGCUCUGGCCCUCCCCUAGAGGAGAGAGAUUGAUCAUUAUUCCAUCUUCAAGGGCGUUUUUUAAAGUGAGCCAGGUUAGUUCUUUUCCCCUGGCAUUUCUAAAGGAAUGCAGUAGAUAGUGCUGAAGAUGCAUUGAAUUUUUUUGAGUCUUAAAAAUAGAAACUCAUCCUUUAAACUUGGUGCAUACUAUGUUUAUCUUUCCCAUAGAGUGGAGUUCCUUGGGUUUGUAUAGGCCUUGGCUAGAAAAACUCAAUGUCCCUGAGCCCUCACCAGCUGCAUUCAGAAGAUAGGAAUACCCCCAAGAUUCCUGGCAUUUUUCCUCUUUCAUUUUCCUGAGAGCACAAUGACUGAGGAAUGUGGCCAUCAUUGGCAGCAUAAUGAUUGGUUCCCAGCCUGGCUUCCACACAGGAAGAAAAGGCAUCCCUGAGCUCUCCUCAGUAUUUCCAGAUGUAAUGAAAGAGGACAUCUUUAUACACAAAGUCGGCCCCAACUUUUGGCUUAGUCACAGGAGUUCUGAUAGUACUGUUGGGUGCACACAUGGAAAAAUGAACCAGUGGUAGUCACAGGCUUUCAGAACCUGGGUUCUGGGGAGUGGAAGUGAAAAAUAAAGAUGUGGCAUGUUGGAUUAG